AUACCAAGCUGCCCUACGGUGGUACCAUCUAUCUAUAUAAACCAGCCACCCGCCAAGCGCCAGCAGCGUGCUUCACACCCACACGCCUCUCGCCGCGGCACCACAUCCCAUCGUGUCCGUCGGAUCGACACCAGCGAGGGACAUGGCCAGCCUCGUGUCGCAGCCGCGCUACAGCAUCAAGACGUACUGGGCGCGGAGGAACUACCAGCGCCUGGGCCGCUCGCCGUCGCGGCGCCUCAAGGUGGCCCGCCUGGGCGCCGGCGCCAGGUCGGCGGGCUCCUCCUCCGCCGCGUCGUCGUCGUCGACGACGUGGAAGGGCAUCCGGUUGGCGCGCCGCGCCGCGGCGUUGCUGGCGGCGCCGGCGCUCCUGCUCGCGAGGCUCCGGGACGCCUACGUCGACGCGAUGGUGGCGCUGGGCGGGUCCGGAGUCGCCGGGCGGCUGGCCAGGUCGCGCAGCGGCGCCGAGGCCGCGCUCUGGGACAAGCGGGUGCCGCGGGCGCGCCGAGGGAGCGGUAGCGGGAGCGCGAGCAAGCGCGGCGGCGGCGGCGACUUCGAGCGCCGGAUGAUGGCGCACAUAUACAGCAUGGUUGUCACGCCGGAGCUCCCGUGCGCCGCCAGGGCCUGAUGAUGACAUGCAUGGACGACGCACCGAGCCGAAUCGCGCCAGUCUUCAGUGUGUGAAAUUGUGAGCAAGUGAAUCGCAUCUCACGUCACGUAUAUAAUACAUACGUGAAGGCCAGGUCCUGCGCUCGUCGAUCAUGUUGUGUUUGUGUCUCUUGAGGUCUUGACUUCGUUGUUUUCCUUUUUUUUUCAUCUUAUAACUGGAGGUGCUAAUUAAGGGUUCAAGUGCCUGAUGUAUAUUACAAUCACGUAUGAAUAAGAGUGAUACGGUUAAUGGUAGCUGGUGCGUCUGAAGAUAUGGAUUUGAAGACACAAUCAUCCGUAUGAAAUUACUGAAGAAAGCACUGAAACGUUGGAUGCUGGCAGCCCUGAGUUCUGGCUCUUGCACGCGAACAUACUUCGAAGACUAUUACUCCCACCAUCUCAAAUUGAUCCAUAUGUGACGCUCUAUCAAAGAUGUUCAAGCUCUUCAAGUCGGAGUAAGAAAGACGAAAAACAGAAGCGGUCGACGAAGACCUACGUUAGUUGGGCCUUCUUUAGCUUCACCUUGAGAAAACAAACAAGCCCAUGUCUGAUUUCAACUGGACCGUGUCAAGUAUCAGCUUUCUAUCCCGGCAUUGUGCUUUGGACUGGGAUUAUAGUACUGCGAUAAAUUAUGUACUCAUGACAGAGUAAUUUUACAGUUUGAGACUUAGGUAUUAGUUACAUGAUAGUUUAGGGACCAUCCUUGUAAUUACGAGCUACAAACCCACAUGUCGGUUCCACACUGGAGGGGCCAUGCAUGUAGGCUAAUAUAAUGGAUUUGUGACA